GUUUUUAUGGAUCCAUUAUCGAAAACGAAUUUACCUUCGUCUAACCAAAUGUCUCAACGUCUUCGAUCGCCCAAAGAUUUCGUCACACGUGUUUUAAGUCCAAGGAUAGCCGUGUUAUCUUCUCCAGAUGCGGAUCAAGUGUGUCAGGCGAGCAAUUUCCCGGAUUUCCUCACAUUGAUAAAGCCUUUUGGUGAGCGCAUUGACGGAAAAGAUUCUCAAGGUGCUCCGAACCCUAUAGAAAAUUUCACAGUUCGAUUUGCUAAUUUAACAAGGCUGGAGCAGCCUGACGUUCAACUUACUUCUCAAAUACUGGCGAAUAGAGUUAAGUUUAUCAAUAAUUCUCUCGCAAAGGAUGGAUUAACUUACAUCAAAACGAAAUUUGAUGUAACUGAGAAGUAUUUAGAAGUAAAUCAAGACGAAUUAACUCCAUGGUAUGCAGAAUAUAGGAGAUGGUUCUUCGGAUUUACUGGUAUUCUCGCCAUAAGUUCGUCAAAUGCGAAUCCUAUAGACACUCUUCGUCAGAUGUAUAAUAUUACCACUCCUGCACCUAUAUUUGAAAAAGGGUUUAUGGACCCAAAUAUUUUGAAAUGUUACGUUCUUUUGCAUGACAAUCAUAAAGUUGGCAUGGAACACUCUGAGGCGAUCUACGACGAGAUUAAACGUACAUUUAAACAAGACUGCUACUUUUUAAAUUUAAAUUCUAUUCCUCCUGCAUCACUUUCAGAAGAUCACGAUCCUUUUUCUAUCCCUGCCUCUCCGUCAACGAUUCGCAGUGCUGAGAAAGAUAUCUGGUCAUCUUAUGUUUUGGAGUCUAACGUUCUUGAUGCAUUGUUUGCAGCUACACCUCCGACUCUGUCCACUUCAUCAGAGUCACAUUCACGCCAAAGUUCUUUAACUUCACUCUCCAGUUAUUCUCAUCCGCUUUCUCCUACCAUUUCAGCUCUAAAUUCACCAACAUCAUCAUUCACUGAAGACUCGACAUCGAAAAGAGAAAAUUCCGAUUCGCAAAAUGCACUUGAUCUGGGUCUAAUUGGCAAUUUGUCACCUCCUGAUGUCUUGUAUGGGCAAUAUCUCAAUGAAGAUGAUAUUUCUGGUAUUCAUACUUUUAUACGAGAUUUGAUAGAUAAAAGUAUUAUACCAUACAUGGAAAAAAAUAUUUGGCAAUGGAAUGAACAGGUCGCAUCAUCAAGACGUGGGAUUACUGGUCGUCUUUUUAGUGCGGGUAGGCGUUAUUUUAAUACUGGUACAAGGACUACGGGAUCUGCUCAACAGUCCUCUCAAUAUUCUUAUACUGGGAAUUCUUCAAAUGCGGCGAGUACUAUAUAUCUGUACAAUACUCCAGAAGCACAAAUGCGUAAACUAGCUGAUUAUGCCUUUAUGUUAAGAGACUACCGUCUCGCACAUUCAGUUUAUGAUACCGUCAAAAAAGACUUUUUAGCUGAUAAAGCAUGGAAAUAUUACGCUGGUGCACAAGAAAUGAUCGGAAUUUGUUUAUUGAUUGCUGGAAAUAAACCAGAUAUCGAUCAUUAUUUUGAACAGGCGGUCAAUGCUUAUCUUAAUCGUUCUAAGGUUCCGUUUUACGGAACUAGGACGACAUUAUUAUAUUAUGAGUUGUUAAAGUACAAAAAGUUGUACAAAGAUGCACCAAAUGCAUUGGUGCGGAUGACUGGAGAGGACUCUGACUUGAGAAGCGCGUUAUUCUUAGAGCAGGCUGCUCAUGUUUUUUUGAGAUGUUCUAAGCCUAUGGUCAGAAAAUAUGCUUUUCAUUUGAUGUUAGCCGGUCAUAGAUAUGGAAAAUGCAAUGAUUCAAAGAUCGCUUAUGUCUUUAAUCUUUUAAUUUAUCCGAAGAGAGAACAUGCACAUAGAUGUUACCUUGAUGCCAUGCACGUUUUUGAGAAUCACUCAUGGACUUUGAUUGAAGAUCACAUUUAUUUUGCUCUUGGUCGACAAUCUGUCCAUUUAGGUGAUCUUUCAGCUGCUCUCGAGUUCUUUAUAAAAUUGUUAAGGGCGAGUCGUCAGCCGCCAACACAACAAAACGCUUAUUUAAGAGACUUUAUGCAUGUUUAUAAGCAAUAUGCAAGUAAAACUGGAAAAUAUCCUUAUUUUGAUCAAGAACUUCCAAUUCCAGUAAUCGAUAAUUCAUCUAUCAGAGUUAUUCUUUCUAAUUCGCAGUCUAGUGAAUAUGAUGACGUUUGGGACGUAAUGGAACGAGAAUUUUUGGAAGAAGGAUUUACAGGAUUAGAUAUUUAUGGAAAACCACGGAAAAGGCCAUACGCUUUAAAUGGCGAUAUUCACCGAAUCGUAUGUGCAGUUGGAGAACCGUUUUUCGUUCAAUUGACUCUUCACAAUCCAAUGCAAGUCGCAUUUAAUAUAAAUGAUUUGAUUCUUGAAUGUGAAUAUAUUCCGCUUCCGGAUCCUAGUGAGAACUCUACAGAGCUAGAAAAGGAUCUAGAUAAUGAAAAGACUAUACCAUGCAAUGAAAUUAUUGACAAUAAAGAAUCUCAAUUGAUGAAAUUCGAAGACUUUGACUUGGAAACACUUCGUGAAGUGUCACUUGAAGGGCUAGAAAAAAAAAUGAUUUCUCUAUGCGUAUUGCCGAAAAAACAAGGUUCAAUCAAAAUUUUGGGUCUUAGGUAUACUCUUAACUCAAUUGUUCACGGUGUAAAGAAAUUUACGAAACGUGGCAAGCGUCUCAAUGAUACUACGGAGCAACGUACGAGUAUUGUCUAUGCUCCUGAUCGAUCAUUAGAUCUUUUGGUUACAUCACCAAUGCCAUUACUUGAGGCAACAUUCCAUUCUUUCCCCGAUGUUCUACUUUCUGGAGAAGUAAACCAAAUUCUUUUAGAAAUCAACAAUAAAGGACAGAAAGGACUUACGGAUUUACGUGUGAAAAUGAGCCAUCCGAGUUUUUUUUGCAUUGGUGAUGCAGAGAUGAUAGAUCAAAAAGUGUAUUACACUUCCACUAGAGAAUCGAAAUUGAACACUGAAAUUUGGACAACAAAAAAUUCUAUAUUUAAGUCUAGCAUAAAGACUAUACCGUUACCGUCGCAAGAGGUUAACAAUGUUGGUUCUCUGGCUCCUGGUAAAACAACCUUAAUUCCAAUUUGGAUUAGAGGAGAUCGUAUAGGAAAACAUGCGUUUAGGUUUUUGUUUACUUAUGAAUCAGAGAAUAACAAUUCAGCUAUGAGAUAUAGGUGUCUCCGUUAUCUUAAAACAAUACAAGUGUAUCCUUCUCUCAAGAUAAAUGCGUUCACUAGACCAAGUAUUCGAGAACUAAAUGAAUUCAUUUUGGGGAUUGAGAUUGAAAACUUACAAACUACUAGUGAAUAUCAAUUUCAGCUAGCCCAACUUUCUUCGAUCAGUCCAUCCUGGACAAUAUCUCUUGCAAAUGAAAGCGUUGAGGACAUUAGCCAGAAAUUUUUAAUAGCUCCACGGCAGACUGUGUUUACUUAUUAUCGGAUUAGAAAAAACGAAAAGUACUCUAAACCAAUGUCUCAUAGUAAUGUUGAUUCACUGAAUACAAUGGUUACGCCGGAGGUGUUCGCGUCUAAAGCUUUGGAACUAUUGUUAAGCGGACAAAAAGAUUUAAAGUCAGAGCCAUCUCCUAUUGAUCUUAUUGUAACGAAUGUCCCCUUUACAGAUAGUAUUAUAACGAAUUCUACAAACCCACUUGAAGGGUUUUCAUUGAAUUCACGCGUUCAAUGGCGAACCAAUACUUUAAUUAAUAAUUUCCCUGUUAUUCCUGCAUCAAAGCACUGUGCACUUUUCCCAUUAUACAAUACAAAUGAUGUGGAUCUUUCACUUUAUUGGAACAUACCAACUUUAUCACGGCAAGGUCAUCAUUAUAUAAUUGGAAUUAAUCUUGGAGUUCAACAAAAUCCGUUUCUAUCACAAAAUAUAGCAACAAUUCAGAGCAAAGCAUUGUUUGAGCAGACAGUUCGAGAACGUAAUGCAUUAAUUAAUAGCUUAUUGAAAAACAAAAAUUUCAAAGAUGAAAGUCCGUUGAAACUCGUUACGCAAUGUGCAGAUGUAUAUGAACAUGAUUUUCGGAAUCGAAGUUUUUGUGUUGUUCCCAUCAAAAUAUCUGUCAAAAAUUGUUCAUGGAAUAGAAGGAUAGGAUAUACUUUGGAGAUGUUAUCGUCUGAUCGGAAUGAAGCUAGUAGGAGCACAUUCCACAAAUCCGUAUACCCAACAGUAUUUCAAUGGACCGGACCUACAUCUAAAUAUUCCAUAUUGUCAGCGAACGAAGAACAGACCUAUAUUUUCAAAGCAUGUUUUGUUAGGCCCGGAGUUUAUGAUGUAAAUAGAUGGCGGUUAACGGUAAAUUUUGAUCAGAUUAUAACAAAUAGUGAAAGUAAGGAUGAAGGUUCACAAGAACAUUAUGCAACGAAUAUUCAUGAAGGUGGUGUUGGAACGAAAGGCUAUGUACAAAUGCCCAAUACUCUACAUCUUUUGGCACUGGUGGAUAGUUCAACUGAUAAAAAGAACGAAGAUAGUUUACAACCGUAUUAUAUAGAACAAUUACAAUAA